AUAUUCAAUGUGAUGUUCCCGAACUCAAAGGAGAUAACUAUAAGAUAUGGAAGGAGAGAAUUCUUUUACAAUUGGGGUGGAUGGACAUAGAUUAUGCUAUAAGGAAAGACGAACCACCUGCAAUCACAAAUGAAAGUAGCCCAGCUGACGUUGCGCUAUAUGAGCGGUGGGAACGAUCCAACCGGCUCAGCGUGAUGUUCAUUAAGACUAAAAUCUCGGCUGGGAUACGUGGUUCUGUUGACCAGCAUGAAAAGGUCCGAGACUUGCUUAAGGCCAUUGAUGACCAGUUCAUCACUUCAGAUAAGACUUUAGCAAGCACCUUGAUCAUGAAGUUUUCUUCUCUUCGGCUCACCAGUGUGAAAGGUGUGCGUGAGUACAUCAUGAAAAUGCGAGAUAUUUCAGCUCAACUUAAGAAACUAGAGGUUGAUAUGUCUGAGUCCUUCCUAGUGCAUUUCAUUUUGAACACCCUUCCGCAUGAAUAUGGGCCAUUUAAGAUUUCCUACAACACACAUAAAGAUAAAUGGUCUAUCAAUGAAUUAAUGACCAUGUGUGUUCAGGAAGAAGAAAGGCUUGUAAUGGAGAUGGGUGAGAGUGCACUACUGACUACUGCUUAUAGGAAGAACAAAGCAAUUAAGUCUCAAGCUUAUCAGAAGGGGAAUGGUAAAAUACCACCUCAAGCUGAUAUUAAGAAGGUGGCAAAGUGUUUCUUUUGCAAGAAGAAGGGACACAUGAAAAAGAAUUGCCCCGGAUUCCAGAAAUGGCUUGAGAAGAAAGGGUAUGCAAAACCUAAGGAAACCAGUGGGAAGUGAGCAAAGCAUUUUAUCAGGC